ACUGGUGUUGUGCGGGAGUUGCCCCGCAAGGGACAGAGUGGUGUGCAGGCGUACGCCGUCUCCACACAGAAGAAGAAUGAGAAUGAAGGAUGGGAGCUGAUCCGCAUUAAGGCGUUAACAGAGAACUUGGAUGAACAUUUAUUGUUGUGCAGUAAAGUAAAUGAGACAAAGCACGAAGAAAAAGUUAUAAGAGAAAACCGAUUUGGGGAAGAUGAUGGACGAGCAGAACAUACGAAGGUAACAGUCGAAGAUGAUAAGAAGUGCGGUUAUAAACGAUUGCCUCCGGAGGAAAGGAACGAACUCAUGAAUGAAGUAAUUCCUGCUGCUAUCCAACUGCACAGGGAUCGUCUGCUUGUUCGCCCUGUGAGUGGAAAGCUGAAGGUUCCUGAGUUUAAAGAUGAAGCUUGCAACUUUUUUACUGUACCCAAAGAGCACCGCGAUGUGGGUGUUGAUGCUGACUUUGCCCUCUACGUUAUUGCCACAAAAACGACGUUCGGUUAUACUUGUGCCUGGGAUUCAACAGGUCGUCCAAUCGUUGGAGCAGUGAGUUACGUUCGUGAAGCGCGUGGUGGCCUGCGAUUGAACGUUCGUCGUGCUGCACAACAGAUUGCACAUGCACUGGGAUUCAAAAUUGCUGAGAUGCAGAAGAAACAAGGCAUGUUGCCCGAUGUGGAGCUCAGUGAGGAAACUCGUGCGUUGGUAAAAUCCACAAGAACAGUGGAAAAAGCACAAAAACACUACAGUUGUCCUGAUUUGGAGGGAAUGGAACUGGAGACUAUCGAUGGGGAAAUCCAACCGCAUUGGUCCAGGCGCAUUGCAAAGGAUGAGUUGAUGGCACCGUCGGAUUACAACUAUGGCGCUGGUUACUACACAGCACUCACAAUGGCAUUGUUUGAGGAUCUGCAGUACUACAAGGCAAACUGGGGAAUGGAGGAACAAAUGAGCUGGGGGAAUCAGAGUGGAUGUCCCUUCCUUGAGAAGGAUUGCAGGAAGAAACAUAAUGAAUUCUAUGAUAUUAUCAUUGAUGAAAAGUUUUCUCGAUGCACAUCGGACCGUACUGCGUACGGGAAGUUUCUGCUUAACGAAAGAUUAUCCAAAGAAUAUCAGCGCAUCUGUAACUUAAGUGAGAGUUAUUAUAUUGGACGUAUUACGUCAGAAGAUCCUUUAUAUUGUAAUGAUGAGAGCAAGGCUGAAACACUCCCAGGAUCCAUUAAGGGCCCUAAUUCUUGGUGUCUGGAUGGUGAAGGACUGAAGGUUAAGGAAAAUGGAGAAACGAUUCAGAGCGUUAAUGGUGUGUGUGCACAGGUGUCGUGUGACUAUGAGAAGCGAACAGUGAGUGUGAAAUACAAAGGUAACCAAGACAAAUGGCACGACUGUCCCGAAGGUACCUCAAUCAACGUCGAAUCCUCUGCGUUCCAAAGCGGUGGUAAGAUCAAGUGCCCCAAGUACGAUGAGGUGUGCACCAUCGCAUUAAACGGCAGCAGUCAUGUUCCAUUUGUUGACCCACAUCCAGCACCACCAGCAGCAGGACCUACAUCUCUGCAGGGAGAUCAGGGAAAUAACGGUACCGCUACAGUUUUACGCGGCAGAAGGGAUGCUGGCGCUGCUGUUAAUCCUUCCACAACUUCCGAUAACACUCAGGAUGCUGCCGCUGCAGGUACGACCUCACCAAGUGGAAAAGAGAAUGCAAACAUCAUUGAUCCGUCAAAAUAUCCAGGGGUUGUGAAUCAAGCUCAAAUUAACAAUAUGCAGAACGAGUCAAAACUUUUAAUUGAACUUGCUAAAGAUGACGCUCAUUCUGCAGUUUGCUCUCUUCCCAUCAUGAUUGUCACCAUGGUUCUUGCUGUGGUGCUGUCUUGCUGA